AUGGCUCGAAUGGUUGAUGCAUGCGCAUGCGGCCAACACCUGACUAUUUCCCACGCAUUUAACGGAAGGGGGGAGUACAGAGUACCGGAAACUUGGUAUCGACUAGACGGUUACGUGGCGCCGACCCCCGAAUUUCCCGCCGGAGUCGCGUAUGAAUUUCACGGCUGCCCCGUUUGCUUUAAAAAGGGGAAUGGUAUUUUACUGCCAAACUCCCAGCAUACCGCUUCCGAGUUGCUUGUACGGACUCGUGAGAAAGAAAAAAAGUUAAAGAGUCUGGGAAUGAAACUUGUCGUCAUCUGGGAACACGAUUAUGACAAAUUGCUUGAAGAGGACCCUGACGCCAAAGCCUUUGUCGCCAAUCUGGACUUGACCGAUCGUCUAGACCCCCGCGACAGCCUCAUGGGUGGUCGUACAAAUGGUUGUGUUUUGUACAAGAGAGCAUCACAAGGAACACAAAUCAAAUAUGUAGAUUUUACCUCGCUGUACCCCUUCGUUAAUAAGACAGCGCGAUAUCCCACCGGACAUCCCGAAAUCAUCACGCGCGAGUUUGACGACAUCUCGAACUAUUUCGGACUAGCAAAAGUAAAAGUUUUACCACCUCGAGGUCUUUUUCACCCAGUGCUAGGCUACCGCUCACAGGGAAAGUUAACGUUUCCGCUGUGUCGAUCCUGUGUGGAGCGCCAACAGAAAGAACCUUGCGCAUGCUCAGACGCGGACAGAGCACUGACGGGUACUCACUGCACAUCCGAACUUCUCAAGGCAAUCGAAAAGGGGUACAAGAUCCUCAAAAUCUACGAAGUCUACCACUGGGAGGAUUCGACUCAGUACGACCCCUCGUCCAAGACGGGCGGGCUUUUUGCGCCUUACAUUAACAUGUUUUUAAAAAUAAAACAAGAGGCCAGCGGGCGACCCGACUGGGUCAAGACGGAGGACGACUUCGCUCGAUACAUCGAAAUGUACGAGCAAAGGGAGGGCAUUCGUUCGUUUAGACCCCGACAAUAUCGAACACAACCCGGGGUUACGUAG